CCACGGCGCCGCAUGGGGGUACGAGUCGCGACCGAUCAUUCACCAAGACGCGUAACUGCGUAAGAUAAGUUAGCCGCGAUCAUCACUUCAGACGGUCACGUUGGGUUUCUCGUCUCGUCUCUGUUCGCCUACAAUUCGCAUGUGGCGGUGACCCGCUCGCCGGCCGGCCGCCUUUGUUUUCACACGCCCUCGUCACACCUGACCGUGUCGUCUAUAAUCUCUGUCCACAAGGCGGACGUUAACUUUUUUCCGUUUUCCGUCCUUUGCCCGGUCGCGCGCCGCCACCCUUCCGAAGUCUGAACGCCUUCAGCAGUGAUGAAUGUCUUCGAGGCCGUCGUCAGGAAGACCACAACGAUCACACCGAUCUCAACGACAGCGAAUACCGUCAAAUAGUUGCACAGUCUAUCGUAUUCCACCGCUUUACCUCUUCCCGUGCACAGAUUGUCUGUAAAGAAAUUUGGAAACUCAACCUAAUUUAUCGUUGACAACUACGGAUACAAGUGUUUCAAUUGUUUGAACAGUACUAUAUGAUCAGGAUUAAACACACUAUAUUACUAUUUUUUAAACAGUCAUAAUUUCAACAGCUAUUUGAUACUGUCACUUGUAAACAAUCAGCAUCGACAGACACAGCUCGACCACCGACAUCAAGUUACUGUUACUGCAUCUAAAUCUAGUGUUUAGCAUACUACAAUGAUUCCACUAUCGUCUUCGACGUCCCAAAGAAAAUCAAGCGUGGCAGCUAAGAUGACAAGCGGUAGCUCCGCCGGUAUGCCUUCGCCCACCAGCCUCAUGACAAAGCUCAAGGGAGCCAUACGUUCGGUCGUGUCGGACUCAAAUGCCCGCAACUUGAUGGGCUUCUUAGCUCUAAACUUUGUGUUCGCUUUCGUGGAACUUGCUUACGGCAUGUGGACGAACAGCUUAGGUUUGAUAUCGGACUCGUUUCACAUGUUCUUCGAUUGCACCGGCCUGGUGGCCGGGCUCGCGGCCCAAGUGGUCAGCCGGUGGCCGGCCGACGAUUCGUACGCCUACGGCUAUAAGCGGGCCGAAGUGCUUGCCGGAUUCGUCAACGCGCUGUUCUUGUUGUUCAUAGCGUUUUUCAUACUGACGGAAGCCGUGGAACGGGCAAUAGAACCGCCCGAGGUGCAUCACGACCGCCUGUUCGUGGUCAGCGUGCUCGGGCUGCUCGUCAACCUGGUCGGCAUAUACGUGUUCCAGCACGGCGGUAGCCACGGGCACAGUCACGGCGGUGGAGGUGGUCACGGGCACAGCCACGGCGGUGGAGGCGGUCACGGGCACAGCCACGGCGGUGGAGGCGGUCACGGACACAGUCACGACGGCGGUGGUCAUCACGCUCUCGGAGACGACCCCUACAACCAACAGGUGUCCAUAUCGAUGGGCGGCGGCGGACACCAGCCGAACAGUGCGUCGGCCCCGGCGUCCGGCUCGGGGCAGAACAACCAGAACCAUCUGAUGAAGGGCGUGCUGUUGCACAUCUUGGCCGACACGCUGGGCAGCGUGGGCGUGGUCAUCUCGGCGCUGCUGAUGCGAGCUUUCGGGUGGAUGCGCGCGGACCCCGUGUGUUCGAUAUUCAUCGCCGUGCUGGUGGCCGCCUCGGUGUGGGGACUGCUCCGGGACUCGGCCCGCGUGCUCAUGAUGCGCACGCCCGUCGAGCUGGACGACGAGCGGCGAGCGCUGGACGCGUGCUACUCCCGGCUGCACCGGUACCAUCCGGCCGUGAUGGGCAUCCAGGAACCGCGGUUCUGGACGCUGUGCGCGGACGCGUACGCGGGCAGCAUCAAGAUCGAAGUGCGGUCCGGGUUGGCCGGAAUCGGGGGCGUUGCGGGUCUUCCAGGCAACAGCAGCGACUUUGUGGCCUCGUCGCCGUCGCCAUUGCAAUUCUCCGGCGGCGGCGGUCAAUCGACGAGCCUGCAGCCCGCGGACGCCGUCAGGAUGGUGAACGACCGCGACCAAUUCGCCAACGGUCUGGUGCGAUACGCCCAACAGGUGUUCGCCGCCGUCGGUGUCCGGAACCUGUACGUGCAGAUCGACUACGCGGGCGAAGACGCGGUCGGAGCCAUGCUCAACCACAACCACACACAUCACCACGCCGGCGAAGUGCAGCGGCAAAACAACUACGCGACGACGGGCAGCCUGCUGCUCGAUCCGGCUCAACAGCAGUUCCAGGCGUACAAUCAAACACACCACCAUCAACAGCAACAGCAACAGCAGCAGCAGCAGCAGAUGCAGCAACAGCAACAGUACACUAACCCGCUGCUGAUGAUGUAAACCUCGGUUUUUGAUCGACCGGCAGUAUGGCUCCUCGCCGCCACAUCGGCACCGUCCUCGGGAGUCCAAAGGAUUACCACCACCGCCACCAUCGAUAUUCGAACACCGUCGACCGACGGUUUCGACGACGAUGUUAACACAACAAAAAAAUCCUUCACAUUUUAUUAAUAUUACUAUUAUUUUUUAUCAUAUUUAUUAUACGCGCAUUCGUGUAAACGUGUUACAUAAAUGAUUGUAUUGAAAAUAAAGAGUUAUUUUAUUUGUACAUAAUGCA